AUGCCUGCUCCUUACUCUACCGGCGACAAGACGUCCUUUGGCUGGGUCACCGCCCGCGAGCGCUGGCCUGUCAUCAUUACCCAGGCCAUCGACGACCUCUACCGAUCCGUCACGCAGACCAAAGACGCCGAGAAGGAAGCCGAGGGCAAGGCGAUUAUUGAGCAGAUUGCCCGCCUCAAAUACGAGGUCCAACACGACCGGCCGUUGACGCCGAUCGACGACGACGGAUACCCCGAUGUCAGCAUCUACAAUGAGGAGCUGAAGAAGCUCGGCUCGCCCACAUGGCUCAAUGUGCCCUGGCUGUACUGCGAGUGCUACCUGUUCAGACGUAUCAGCACGCACUUUGCCAAGUCCACACACUGGAAGAACUACGACGUCUUUGCGCGCCAGAAGAUCAGCACAUUCCGCUCUUCCCGCCCCGCCGUGCUCGAGCUGGCCUCCAAGUACAAGGAGCUGGUGGAGCAGCUCCAAAAGAACAAGGGCGGCGCCGCUCAGGACGACGAGGCCGAGAAGCUCCUCUUCACCGAGAUGUGCGAGAUCUGCCUGUGGGGUAACGCGACGGACCUGUCGCUGCUGACGAGCUUGACGUAUGAGGAUAUCCAGAAGCUGCAGGGAUCCGAGGCCCGCAAGGCUUCCGAGAAGAACAUCAUCGCCAACGACCUGCCCGCCGUCUACGACCUGCUGAAGAAGGCCAAGGCCGAAGGCAAGAAGGAGCGCCGCAUCGACAUCGUCCUCGACAACGCCGGCUUCGAGCUCUACGUCGAUCUGAUCCUCGCCGGAUACCUCUUGUCGGCCGGUCUGGCGACAAACGUCGUCCUGCACCCCAAGUCGAUCCCGUGGUUCGUUUCCGACGUGCUGCCCGGCGACUUUGCGCAACUGCUCAGCGCCAUCGCGAACCCCAAGCCCUUUUACGAGACGCCCUCGGAAGACGAGGAGCUUCAGAACAAGAAGCCGGAGCCCCUCUCGGACUCGGACGCCGGCAACCUGUCGUUCCUGUUCCAGGAAUGGAGCCAGUUCCACGCCGAGGGACAGCUCAUCCUCCGGCCCAACCGGUUCUGGACGCACCCCGGCCCCUUUUGGCAGCUGCCCGAAGAGGCCAAGGACCUCUACGAGGACCUCAAGGCCAGCGAGGUCGUCAUCUUCAAGGGCGAUCUCAACUACCGCAAGCUGACGGGUGAUGCGAAAUGGGACGCCGCGACGCCAUUCACCGAAGCCCUCCAGAACCUCGGCCCCGGGUCCGGCCUCAACAUCCUGGCCCUCCGCACCUGUAAGGCGGACGUGGUCGUCGGUCUCCAGCCCGGCGAAGACGAGAGGCUGCUUGCCACCGAGGGCGGCGGUGGUGACUCUGGCUCGCGUAAGUGGGCGUGGAGCGGCAAGUGGGCUGUCGUGUCCUUCUCAGGCGGCAAAUAA